CUUAGUGACAUCAAGUCUGGAUGUCCUCACCUGCAAAGGGAGAUGACGCUCAUAACACUCAGAAACUUGUGGCAUUCGAUGCAUACUGUAUUUAUAACAGCAUGGCACCUGGCACUUAUCUAAUAAUGGUACCUCCUAGGUGGAUGCAUCGCCCCCAGGCACACCCACUUUAUGAACAACAUGUACCUCCCAUCUUCUGCUAACCCUGUGCUUCCCUGCACCAUUGCACACCCACUCUGUGGCCAUAACCUGUAUGUUGGUCUGUGUCCUCAACUUGGGACAGAAACUGGCUUGGGGCAUUUCCACAUCUCUUCACUUCAUGCACAGCAAGGGUUCCGUACUCAUCAUUUCUCAGGAAUUGAGCUUAUGUGAUCAACAGGGUUUCCCCUAAUGGAGCAAAACUCUUCACAUAAAGUCUGUCACAGAAAGCUUUGCCAGAGUGAUUCAUGGCUUGACUGUGGGGCACCUGACAGAUCACGUUAUUCAAAGAAGCAAGAGAAUGAUUCUAGAUACUCUGGGUGUUGGCUUCCUGGGAACCAGUACAGAAGUAUUUCACAAAGCCAGUGAAUAUAGUAAGAUCUACAAUUCCAACGCGUCCAGCAGUGUUUGGGGUCAAUCAGACUUAAGGCUUCCACCACCAUAUGCUGCUUUUAUGAACGGCGUGGCUAUUCACUCAAUGGAUUUUGAUGACACAUGGCAUCCUGCCACCCACCCUUCUGGAGCUGUCCUUCCUGUCCUCACGGCCCUAUCUGAAGCUCUCCCUUCAAGUCAAAAGUUUUCUGGCCUUGAUCUGCUGCUGGCUUUCAAUGUUGGGAUUGAAAUACAAGGCCGAUUAAUGCAUUUCUCCAAGGAAGCCAGUGACAUACCAAAGAGAUUCCACCCCCCCUCUGUGGUAGGAACUUUGGGCAGUGCGGCUGCUGCAUCCAAGUUUUUAGGGCUCAGCAUGCCAGAGUGCCAAGAGGCCCUGGCUAUCGCUGUUUCUCAUGCCGGGGCACCCAUGGCAAAUGCUGCCACUCAGACCAAGCCUCUUCAUAUGGGAAAUGCUGCCAAGCAUGGGAUGGAAGCUGCUUUUCUGGCGAUGCUGGGUCUUCAAGGAAACAAGCAAGUCUUGGACAUGCACACAGGCUUUGGGGCCUUCUAUGCCAACUAUUCCCCCAAAGUUCUUCCAAACCUGGAGUCCCACACUUGGCUGCUGGGCCAGCAGGAUGUGGCCUUCAAGAGGUUCCCUGCACAUCUGGCCACCCACUGGGUGGCAGAUGCUGCUGCAUCUGUCAGAAAGCACCUUGUCACAGACAGAGCCCCACUUCCCACUGACCACAUUGAGAAAAUUGUGCUCAGAAUCCCAGAUGUGCAGUAUGUAAACAGACCCUUCCCAGACUCAGAGCAUGAAGCUCGUCACUCCUUCCAAUAUGUGGCCUGUGCCACACUGCUUGAUGGUCAUGUCACUGUCCCAUCAUUCCACAAGAGCCAGAUCAGCAGGCCACAGGUAAGAGAACUGCUAAGUAAGGUGAAGCUGGAGCACCCUGGGGACAACCUGCCGAGCUUCAACACACUCUACUGCGAGGUCAGUGUCACUCUCAGUGAUGGUGCCACUUUCACAGAGUGCUCUGAUACCUUCUACGGCCACUGGAGGAAGCCACUGAGCCAGGAGGACCUGCGGGAGAAGUUCAGAGCCAAUGCCUCCAGCAUGCUGUCCUGUGACAGAGUAGAAAGACUUAUAGAGAUUGUAGACAAUCUAGAAGACCUAGGAGAUUGUUCUGUGCUAACCACACUUCUGAAAGGACCCCCACCACCAGAGAUGGCUUCAAAAUCUAUCUAGCAUUUUAACAAUUCCAUCGUACGGUUUCUCCUGAGGUUUAUCAACAUCUAAGUGACUUUAUAUUAGGGGAGAUUUUAGUGAUUUACUUUAUAAAGCAAGGAUUUACUGUUGGUCUGCCCAGGAAUAAGGGAAGCAAGGUGAAGAGGGUCCAGAAACAGAAAUGGAUUUUUAUGGAAGGAGUCUUGUCCUUUUGCAAGACAGUUCCAAUUAUCUGAAGCAAAAUAAUAAAUAUGCAAGAAACCAGAGAAAUUGAUUUUAUAAGCAUUUAGAAGGCUGAAAUUCAAGCUACCUGUAAUUUGCUUGUAAAGUUAAUCUUUACAGAUUAGCCCUUUAUAAAUUUCAUAAACCUCAAGGUGUAGGAGGAAUUUGAACCUACAUGUAAAUUUCCUGACAGUGGAGAAGGCCUCUGGCCUGUUGUACCACCAAAAGAUUUCUUAGACCAUGGGUUUUUUAAUAAGCCCUCUAUAGGGGAGAGGGUGCUACUGGAUUUAAAUAUAGGGAGUUAGUGGGUCCAAAUCCUGCCACUGCAACUUGCCAAAUGUGACUAGGCAUGUUACUGGAUAGCCCUCUGCCUCAGUUUCCUAGGCAAGUUACUGGAUAGCCCUCUGCCUCAGUUUCCCUAUUGAUAAAGGAGAAAUAAAAAGCAGUAUAAAAAAUAAAAGCAGUUUGGCUCUGGAAGCCAUACUGUUAACCACUACAAUAUACUGCAUUUUGUUACAAAAAUUUCUUGGGAAAAAUGAUCAUGAAUGAAGAGUAUGAGAUAGAAUUCAGGAUGACAGAAAAAAAAAAGCAUAUGUAAUUCAAUAACUAUUGAUUUUGUAAAAUAAUAAAAAUGUUUUAUGGGGUUAAAAAUUACAACUUUAGCAAUAGAUAUAAGCAGGGAGUUAUUAUAGUAAGUGUGUUCUAAAUUCCUUGUGUCAUUUGAGAAAAGGGCAAAGCUAUUAACUCUAGACUUUGAUUUCUAAGUAUGCAUGUUGACAUUUUCAGGGUAACUAUUAUAAGACAGCAGUAGAACAUAUCACUUCCAGGUUAAUGGGAAAUGAGAAAUAUGGAAUUAGGAAAAAAAUAAUCCAAAGAAAAGCAAGAAAGGAGGAGAAAAAGAAAUACGAAAAAAGAUAGACUAUACAGAAAACACAACAGGAAAAAAAUCCUAAUACAUCUAUAAUUACAAAAAGAAUAAAUGGACUAAAUACUCCAGUUAAAAAAUACAAAAAGUUGAUAGACAGUAGACUGUUCCCAGUUUGGAUCUAUUACCAAUUAUGCUUCUACAAUCAUUCACGUGCAUGUCUUGGGGUGGACAUCUCUUUCCAUUUCCCUUAGGAAGGUCUAGGAGUUGGAAUGCUAAGUCAUUUAGUAAGUAAUGUUUAACUUUAUUAAAAAAUUCUCCAAAGUAGCUUUAUCACGUUACAUUUCUACCAGUAAUGUUUGAGGGUUCCAGUUUCUUCAUAUCCUUGCCAACCCAUGGAAUUGUCAGUCUUUUUUAUUUUAGCCUGUUUAGUGAGCAUGUAAUGGUAUCUUGUGGUUUCAGUUUGCAUUUUCCAAAUGACUAAUUCCUGCCUACUUUUGACAGCUAUUUUAAUUAGGUUGUGUUCUUAUCCAGUUGUAGGAAUUCUUUAUAGAUCCUAGGUGUAAGUUCUUUAUCAGAUGUAUGUUUUACAAAUAUUUUCCUUCUGUGAUUUGUCUUUUCAUAUUUUUAGUGGUCUCUUUUUAAGAGCAAAAGUUUUA